AUGGAGGGAUUCACAAUUGUCUGGCCUCAUCGUAAUGCGAACAAUCGAAAUAAAGAUCAUAGUAAAUAUAUGCGUGCUCAAUUACGUGGCAUUAUUGAUUACCUUCAAAUAUUUGACGAUACCAUUGACUGUGAAAAAUAUAUUAAAGAAAUUAAAUAUGAAACAAUAUUUUUAGUCGUUUCAUCUGAAUUUGUACAAGAAAUUGUACCAAAUGUGCAUGAUAUUGAUUUGAUAUAUGCUAUUUAUAUAUACACAAAUGAUAACAUCAAUGUCGGUGAUAAUGAACAGUGGAGCAAAACCUAUAAAAAGGUAUCUUUCUUGCAUACAUUGGAAUUGUUUAAUCAAUUUCUAAUUGAUUCAAAAAAUGAACUGAAAAAUAUAAUAAAUUCUUCUAUUUUGGAUAAAAGUACACGAAAUUAUGAUGAAAGUUUAUGGUAUUUAUUAUUUCUGCAUAUUGUUGUCCACAAUCGUUUGUUCGAGCCGACUGUGAAUCAACGAGUAGUAUUAGUAGAAAAAUGUAAUCAGUAUUAUUGUGGUAAUAAAUCUCAACAAAAACUCAUAGAUAAAUUUGAUCGAACAUAUAAUAGUAACCAUGCUAUUCAAUGGUACACACAAUCGGGCUUUCUUUUCAAUAUUUUAAAUAAAGCAUUACGUCAACAAAAUAUAACUACAAUUGCUUAUUUUCGACUUUUUAUAUCAGUUUUAUGCAAGCAAGUAAUGUAUCAAAUGGAUAGUACAACGGCAAAUGAUGAUGAAAGUAUAGUUUACUACAGAGGACAACUGAUGUCCGUAGAAGAAAUCAAAGAGUUGGCAGAAUUAGUCGAAUAUGAUAUUGUUGUUAGUAGUUUUUUCUGA